AUGGAAUGGAAACUUGUCGACUUCAAGUACAGAAGAUACUACGACUGCUGCCCCAAUCCGUAUCCGGAUAUCUCGUAUUUUUUCGCCAUCAAGCGCAACCCGUCGUAUUACCUUUUUACGCUGAUCAUUCCUUCUGCUUUCAUCACAAUCGUUACCGUAAUCGGUUUCUUCACACCACACUCGUCAACUGCCACCCAGCCGGCCAAGCCAUUCUACCGAAUCAACCUGAUCGCAGACUUGAAACGUAGCUUUAAAGGCACAAGCCACGACGAG